UUCGCGACUGCGCGACACAUCCUGAUCUGAGGCAGAAGCGACUGAGACCCUGCGAGAGAGAACGAUGGGGGGGUCGCAGAGCAUUGAAAUUCCUGGCGGAGGUUCGGAGGGUUACCACGUCUUAAGGGUACAAGAAAACUCCCCAGGCCAUCGGGCAGGAUUGGAACCUUUCUUUGACUUUAUUGUUUCAAUUAAUAAUACACGAUUGAAUAAAGACAAUGACACUUUGAAAGACUUGCUGAAAGCAAAUGUUGAGAAACCAGUCAAAAUGUUGGUGUACAGCAGUAAAAGACUAGAACUCCGAGAGACAACAGUAACACCAAGCAAUAUGUGGGGUGGACAAGGUUUGCUAGGUGUGAGCAUCCGCUUUUGCAGUUUUGAAGGGGCCAAUGAAAAUGUUUGGCAUGUACUAGAAGUGGAGCCAAAUUCCCCUGCAGCACUUGCAGGUCUGCGACCCCACACGGAUUACAUUAUUGGUGCAGACACUGUCAUGAACGAGUCUGAAGAUCUCUUCUCCCUAAUAGAGUCUCAUGAGGGAAAAGGUCUGAAACUAUAUGUAUACAAUACAGACACCGACAAUUGUCGGGAAGUUGUCAUUACACCAAACAGUUCAUGGGGUGGAGAUGGGAGCUUAGGAUGUGGAAUUGGUUAUGGUUAUUUACAUAGAAUACCAACUCGACCAUUUGAAGAAGGCAAGAAGAUUACUCUUCCAGGCCAGGUACCUACGGCACCCAUUAGCCCCCUGAAAGAUGGAUUUACUGAGGUUCAGCUUUCUGCUGUUGGUUCAACACCUGCUGUGUCUUCCGCAUCUGCAGGAAUUGAACAGGAUCUAUCAAACCUUUCCAUUAGUUCUGCUCCCCCUUCUGUUAGUAACGUACUCAACACAGGUGUACCAACUGUUCCUCUCUUGGCUCCACAAGUAAAUCCUUCAGUAAGCACAGUGCCCUCCAUUAACCCUGCUACGACAUUACCUGGUUUGAUGUCCUUGCCAAGUGGAUUACCUAACAUGCACACUUUGCCAAAUAUACAUCUGACUUUACCACAUUUAACCCCCGUCUCGUUACCUGUCGUAGGAGGAUUACCCCAAUCCACAACAGGUGUACCAACCAUUCCUCUCUUGGCUCCACAAGUAAAUCCUUCAAUGAGCACGGUGCCUGCCAUCAACCCUGCUACAGCGUUACCUGGUUUCCCUCCUUUACAUCAACCUUGGAAUCUUCCUGGAAUAGCUCCUCUGUCAAUGCCAUCUGCUUUCCCUACGCAGUUGCCUUUAACCAAUAAUGUACCAACUGUUCCAUCUGAAAUAAUUUCAUCAUCUGAACCUCCUCUUAAUGCAACGUCAAUGCAGCAGCCUCCUUCCCUUAUCUUGGAUGCAACACUGGGGUCCAAGCCAUUGCAUCAUGAACCAGUUUCAGACCACACAGUAAACUCCACACUGCCUCCUGCUUCAGAAAGCCCAGAGACACGCAUUUCUUCUGAAUCGUCAUAACAGGAGACAUGGUGCAGAUAAUGGUUUGCGUAUAUUUAUUUAGAAGCAAAAGGUAAAAAAAAAACAAAAAACUUUCAGGACUGUUUAGGACAGUAACAUCAAAAUGUAUUCACCAGGAUUCUGUAAACAUAAAUGGGAAUGAAGACCUUCAUUGGCUAGGCUUGAAGAAAACAAGUUACAUUAAGGAAGUGUAUGCAGAGAUUGAUAAGCAAAUUUUCCUAUAAUUCAUAAUAGGUUUAGAUAUUUUACUCCGUAAUGUUCAUAUAUAAGCCUCUGCCUUUUUCCCCUCCUAUUCAUUUGGAGAUUUAUUAUCUUGGUGCACUCAAAUGUUAUCCUUGAAAUACAUUAAUUUGUUACAUUUAAAUGACACAUCCUAUUUGUAUAUUAUUUUAUCUUUAUGAAUCUUCUUAUGAAACCCAUACUGUUUUAUUAAACGAAAAAGGCAUGUACAGAAUUUGCUUUUUUCCACUCUCCAGUCUGUCUAAAGUUUGCAUUAUUUGAUUAUCUUAGCCAAUUUAUUCAGUAGGCCAAUAAUUAUCUUUUGAUUCAAAUGAAAACUGCACUAACAUAUUGUAUGUCCACUUCGUGACUGUUCCAGGAAUAGAAAAUGUCCAAGAAGUAAUUAUUAUGAAAGCAGAAGAUGGCACUACUUGUUCUAGUUCACAGUAUAUAUAAUAAAAAGCAAAAACAUUUUACCAUG